AUGGUUGAUAUUUUAGAUCUAUUCAAGAAAAGAAAGUUGAAUCAUGUAAAAAAUGAGGUUCAAAUUAAUGAAGUUAUUGAUUUAACUAGUGAUGAGAUUGAUGGUGAUGAAGGUAUAAAAGAAGAAGGUAUAAAAAACACUAAAAAAGAAGGUCAAGGUGAUGAUGAUGGUAUUAAAGAUGAAGAGCUCAAGGAUGAUGGUCAAAAUAAAGUUGCUGAUGAUCUAGGUGAUCUUGGUGAUGCUGAUAUUGAAAUUGCCACUGAUAUCGCCACUGAUAUCAAUCUAAAUGAUCCAGAUCUAAUAUCUCAACAAUAUAACAUCUUAAAAACUAUGAAACAAGAUCUCAGUUGUCCAAUUUGUUCAUUAAAUAUUGAAAAUUUAUCAAUAUCAAAUCGUGAAUCUCAUGUUGAAGCAUGUAUUUCAAUACCAAAAUCAACACCAAAGGUAAUAAAGACAAAACCAAAAUCACCAUCAAAGACAACAAAGACAACAAAGUCAAAGCCAAAGGGAGGUAAACCAAGGGUCCCCAGACAAUCAAAACCAAUACCAGAUUUCAAAAUCCUAACAUUCAAUAACAAUUAUAAAUUAAACGUUGAUGGAUUCCAAUUCCAAGAUCACCCCAGUAUAGAUAAAUAUUUCCUAAGUCAUUAUCAUUCAGAUCAUUAUAUUGGUCUAAGUAAAAAAUGGUCCCAGGGAAUCAUAUAUACCUCAAAGACAACUUCGAAUUUAUUACAAUCCAUAAUGAAGAUACCCAGUGAAAGAAUAAUUGGAUUGGAAUUUGGUAUACCUCAUGAUUUAACUGAACAAAUAAAAGUUACAUUAUUUGAUGCAAAUCAUUGUCCUGGUGGUGCUAUUUUCCUUUUUGAAGAAUAUAAUCCAAAAGGUGAAAUUAUUAAAAGAAUUUUACAUACUGGAGAUUUUAGAGUUUCCAAACAACAUUUAGAUUUAUUUAAAGAUAUGUUUUUGGAUGAAAUUUAUCUUGAUACAACUUAUAUGAAUCCUGUUUAUACAUUCAUGUUACAAUCUUUAGUUAUUAAACAAACUUGUGAAUUUUUGGAAAGUAUUAUAAACAAUACCAUAACCAAAAAUUCAAUAUUAAAUUAUUUUACCCAAAAUCAAGAUUAUUUAAUUUUAAUUGGUUCUUAUUCAAUUGGUAAAGAAAAAUUAUAUAUUCAAUUAGCAAAAACCAUUAAUUCCAAAAUCUUAAUAACAAAAGAAAGAUAUAAAUUCCUAUCAUGUAUUGAAAAUUUCAACUUGGAUAUAUUUACAACUGACCCCAAGGACCCCAGUGCCAAAAUUCAAAUCAUUUCAAUACAAAAAUUAUCAGAUAAUAAAUUCCUAUCCCAAUUCUCAUCCAAAAAAAUCAUCAAAAUAAAACCAACAGGCUGGUCAUUCAAUACAUUCAAGACCUUAACUGCAUCAAUAAAAAACAAAACCCCUCAGGAAAUCUUAAAUCAGGUUCUAACACCAACAACACCAUCAACAGAUUAUAAAACCCAAUUAUUAAAACAAUUUCAAAAUUCAAGUUCUUUAUCAGUUCCAUAUUCUGAACAUUCAAGUUUUAAAGAAUUAUCAAUCUUGGGUUGUUUUUUAAAAUGGGGUGAAAUAAUACCAACUGUUAAUACUACUAAUCCAACUUUUCAAGAAUGGUUUAAUCUUUGGAAGGAUAAAAAAAUUGAUGAAGGUUAUAUAAAUGAUUAUUAUAAAACUACCUAG